UAGCAGGAGUUAAUUAAACACUGCGAUAAAUUUAGACUUGUUUAUGCCUGAGGCCCCCGCAUGGUACUACAAUGCCGCGGCAUCGGUAGUUGAGCCAUCAAGUGACAAUAUACUCACGUGCCGUUGCAAUGGCGGGGAGUCGGGGAAUCUUUCCCGAUUCAGCAUUAUCAAUACAGCCGGCACUGGACUCCGCGCUGCCAGAAGCGCCUCGGUCUUUCGUCAUCACGGUUAUUAUCAACGCCCUCGCUCCGUUCCGCUCUCAUUUUUCGUCUAUUUUUUUUUUCUGUCAAGCCAAAGCCAAGCGUUGCUUCAGACAAUCUCCAACAAUCUGCAUAAUGAGCGCAGCAGAAGAGCCCGUUCCAUCGCCAACCGAAGCGAUCCCAUUCUUCACUCCCGUUAACUUCAUUCUCUUGUCCGUCUUUGUCGUUUUCCUCUACGUGCAGCUCCGCCCCAAGGCCCCCGUCACCCUGCCCCAAGGUCCACCCCCAGUCGUCUUCCGCACUUUCAUCCCCUCAACACUCAUCGAAUUCAAUGGUGAGGGCGAAAACCCUUGUUACCUUGCCGUGCGGGGCCGUGUUUUCGAUGUAACGCCAGGAAAGAGCUUUUACGGGCCGGGCGGCCCCUACGAGAACUUUGCCGGACGCGACGCUUCGCGCGGGUUGGCCUUUCAGAGUUUUGAUAGGGAUAUGCUCACUGAGGAUCUCAAGGGACCUUUGGAUGACCUGAAAGAUCUCAAUGAGGACCAGUUGGAAAACCUCCAGAACUGGGAGGAGCGAUUUCUUGAGAAGUAUUUGGUUGUUGGGAAACUAGUCGCUGAAGGUGAUCCGGAGGCUCCGAAGUCAUAAAAUGAGCUUGGCCUGGCCCUGGUUUGGCUUCACUCGAUAUGUCAUCUACAAAGAUGCCGUUAGAUGUGUCGUAUAUGGCGGCCAUAUCACCUGCCUAUGUGUCAAAAAUUUGUUUCCAUAACCCAAUUUGGUUCAUGUACAAGCGACAAUUUUAUCAAUUUACUUUUCUAGGCAACUAAACCAGGCCACACUGUAAAGAACGAUUCAACCAUAAUUCACAAAAUAAUUAUACAAUUUCCCCCAUAAUGCCCUAGCUAGUAAUGAGAGCAUUCAUUAUAAU